CUCUCUCUCUCUCUCCGCGCGUGUGUGUGUGUGUGUGUGUGUGGGUGUGUGUGUGUCAUAUACAGUAAAUUAAUGAAAAAGAAAAUUUAUUUUAUUAUAAUCGAAUUUUUUUAUUAUUAUCUUGUAUUAAUCUUUUUUCGUGAAUAAUUUUUAUUAUUUUUAUUUAUGAAUUGUUAUUGAAAAAUUUAUUUUUUUUUAUCAAAAAAGAAAACUGAACGCAUCAAUAUAUUAUUAUUUGUUUAUUAAUAUUAAAGUAAUAUUUAGAAUUAUUGAAAGUAUAUUAUAAUAAAUAAAUUUGUAAAUUGAUAGAUUAAUUUAUUAUGGAUUUCUAUUUUAUUCAUAUUUUAUAUCACAAUUAUAUCAUUAUCUGUUAAGUUAAAUAAAGAAUUAGUUUUAUGGUUAUAUUUUUAAAUAUAUAUUAGUUAAAUUUCAUAAUUAAAAUAUUUUUAAAACAGAAUGCCUAAAUAAACAAUUAAUAUUAAGGUCAAUUUCUAUUCUAUUUAAUAUUAAAAUCAAUUUCUAUUCUAUCAAUUUCAUUUUUUUUAAACACGAAGAAUUAAAAAUGAACAACUUAAUGAGGUUACGUCCGUUUGUAAAGUGUUUAAAUAAUCGAAGAUUACAUUCUGCAAAAUAUAUUUUAGAUGCCGAGAACAGACAAUUGUAUGAGGACGUUUUUCCUGAUAUUUGCAUGAAUGAUAUAAAAAAAUUAUGGAAAAGCCCACCACAAUGUAUAUAUGCUGGAUUUGAUCCAACUGCAGACAGUUUGCAUAUAGGAAAUUUGUUAAUUCUUAUCAACCUUUUAUAUUGGCAACGUUGUGGUCAUGAAGUAAUUAUUCUAUUAGGAGGUGCAACAGGUUUAAUUGGUGAUCCAAGUUAUAGAAAAAAAGAGCGUGUUGAAAUAGAUCAAAUUAUACUUAAAGAAAAUUUAGAAUGUAUAAAAAAUGAUAUUAAAACUAUUAUUAGAAACCAUACACAAUAUUUUUGUAAAAAUCAUAAUCAUUUAAUUCCUAUAAAAAUAUUAAACAAUUUACAAUGGUAUAAAGACAUGAAUCUAUUAUCAUUUAUCAAAGAUAUCGGAAAAUAUUUUAGAAUGGGUACAAUGCUUGGUCGUACAUCUGUACGAGCAAGAUUAGAAUCUGAUAAUGGGAUGAGUUUUACAGAAUUUACUUAUCCAAUUUUUCAAGGAUAUGAUUGGCUUCAUUUACAACGUACAUAUAACUGUAAUUUUCAAGUUGGAGGUCAAGAUCAAAUGGGAAAUAUAAUAUCUGGUUAUGAUUUAGUUACUAAAUAUACUAAAAAUCAAGUUUAUGGAUUGACAUUACCUCUAAUCACAGCUGAAGGUGGAAAAAAAUUUGGAAAAUCUAUAGGCAAUGCAGUUUGGCUAUCCCCUACAAAGUCUUCUAGUUUUCAAUUAUAUCAAUAUUUUAUGAGAGUAGAAGAUGCUGAUGUAGAAAAAUUUCUUCAUUUCUUUACAUUUUUACCUUUACAUAAAAUUAAAAGAAUUAUAGAAGAGCAUUUUAAAAAACCAGAACUGAGAAUAGCACAAAGAAAUCUAGCUGAGAAAGUUACAAUAUUAGUUCAUGGAGAAGCAGGAUUAAUUGCAGCAAAAAGAGCAUCUGCUAUUCUUUAUGAUAAAUCAAUUGAUUCUUUAGCAAAAAUGAGUGCAAAUGAAUUGGUACAAAUAUUAGAAGGUGCUAAUUUAAUAGAACUUCUUUCUGAACCAGGUAUUAAUGUUUAUGAAUUAGCUAUGAAAGCAAACUGUUUUAAAUCAGAUUAUGAUGCAAGAAGAAUUAUUGGAGCUGGUGGAUUCUACAUUAAUUAUCAAAAAAUUACAAAUAUGGAAGAAGUUGUCGUACCUGGAAUACAUAUAUUAAGUAAUAAUAUAACAUUACUUAGAGUUGGAAAAAAGACUUAUCAUAUUGUACACUGGAUAUAAAAUAAAAAAAUUAUUUUGAUUAAAAUUUAUUAUAAUAAUUUUAAUGUAUUUAAACAAAUUUAAUUUAUAAUAUAAAAAUAAUUUUUUUCAAUGUA